AUGGCAUAUGAGCUGCUGCUGCCGGUGCCCAAGGGCUUUCAGCUGUGCACAGCCGUGUGCUCCUAUGGCUUCUUCAUGCUGGCGCCUAACGAGUGGCGGCGCGAGGGGUCGGGCGGCAGGGGCACGUUCAGGCGCCCGCUGCUGCUGCCGGGCGGCCGCGUCGCACGGGUUUGCCUGGCUCAAGAGCCUGGCCCCACACCUGGCGCGGCAGGAGCAACAGGCAGCUGCCACCAGCGGUCAGAGGAGCCGCAGGUUGCGGAGGCGCGCGCAGGGCAUGAGGGGCAGGAGGGGGAAGGGCGCCAGGAUGAGGGCGGCGCGCGCGUGGUGCGGCAGGCGUCUGGCGAGCACCCGCUCGGCCCCCGUGCCAAGCGGCGCCGCCUGGAGCUGCCGCUUCAGCCGGCGGUAGGAGCCGGAGAGGAUCGGCGCGCGGCCGCGGCGCUCGCCGGGGCGCAGCUGCGCUCGGCCGCGGCGCCAGAGGCUGCGGCGGCGGGGGCGGCGCGGGCGAUGGCGGAGGCCGGACUGGCCUGUGGCACGCCCGGCGUCUCUCUUGGGUUCACGCAAACCCACCAUGGUGCCGCUUCAGCUUCUGCUGCAACGCCAUGUCAGCCGGGGGAACCCUUUGCGGAAGCUUCCCACGAAGCGGUCAGCCCGCACACCCCCGCGACGCCCCCGCCAACCGCGCCCGGCGGCGCCGCGGCGCAGCGAGGGUCGGCGCCGUGCGGCUGCUGCGAUGGUGGUCUGCUGGCAGUGCGCGUGGAGGGGGCGGGCCCGCCGCUGUCGCCUGAGGACUGGAGAGCCAUAGAGCAGCAGGUCACGCGCAUGUUGCGGCUGUCGCCCGGGGACGCUCUGGCGGUUGCAGAGUACCAGGCUCUCGACCCAGAGGCGGCCGACGCUGGGUUCGGCCGCCUAUUCAGGUCCCCAGACCUCUGGGAAGACGUCUGCAAGACCCUGCUGCUCUGCUGCUGCGGCUGGGGCCGCACAGUGGCGAUGGCGUCGAGACUCUGCAGCCUCGGAGGCAGCCUCGCGAGCGGCGGCGGCGGGAGCAGCAGCAGCGGCAGCGGCGGCGGCGGCGAGGUCGGAGGCGGGGUGCCGUGCUGGCCGUCGCCAGAGGCCGUGAUGGCUGCCGGGGUGGAGCGGCUGCAGAGCGAGUGCGGCCUGGGGUACAGAGCCAAGUGGUUUGUGCAGCUGGCUGAGCAGAUCACCAGCGGCAGCCUAGACUUGUCAGCGCUCGAGGCCCUUGCGGCUCAACAGCAGCCUGCCGCCUGCGAUAGCGGGCCGGGGGCGGGGUCCGGAGGAGACCCGCUGGCGCCGGCCGCGGAGGAGCCCGCGAGCGAGUCGAGGGCGCGCCGCAGGCGGGCGCGCGCUCCCGCAGCGGCAGCGGCGGCGGCGGCGGCGGCGGCGGCGGCGGCGGCGGCGGAGGAGGGGGCGGCCGAGGGCGCUGCGGCGGCGGGCAGUGAGGAUAUGUACAAACGCCUGCUGGCGCUGCCAGGCAUUGGCCCCUACGGCGCCGCAAACGUUAUGCAGCUGCUUGGCGACUACAGCCGCGUCCCCGCCGACAGCGAGACCGUGCGCCACCUGCGGGACCACUGGGGCGCGAGGGGCGUGACCGCGGCCAACGUGGCCGCGGCCGCGGCGGCGCGGUACGCGCCCUUUGGGCGGUACGCGUUCCUGCGGUACUGGCGGGAGCUGUGGGUGGGGUACGAGGCCGCGUUUGGCGACUUCAGGGCGGUGGACCCGGCGCUGUACGCGCAGUACACGGGAAGCAACAUGGCCAGGCGCCGGGGCGGCGGCGGCGGCCGGCCCGCCGCUGCUGUCGCGGGCGGCGCUCGCGCGGCGGGGGCGGACUGA